AUGUAUGCUUCAGAACAUGAGCUUGACGAAAACAUCGGCCAUGCCAAUCCACGAGCUGCUGCUGUUGACGUGCCUCGACGCAGUGGCUCCAACUUCCAGCCCGCCUACAUCGAAGAUGCAUCGACGCUGUUCGUCUCCGAGCACGCUACUCCUGUGCCAGAUGCAGUGACCCGGGCAGGCAGCUUUAUGGACACUCCUCUAUCAAACCAUCCUACAGCACCUCCUCGGCCAUCCGGCCCGCCUAAGUCGACCUUCGAUAAGAUCCUCAACAUGCAGAAGAAAUUUCAAGAGAAAAAGGCCGCUGCAAGUAAGCGAGCAGCAUCGUAUCAACACCGAAAUGCGAACCCUGACAGUGAAACCUACCUGGAGGCCAUCAUCUCUGGACAGCCACGCUCUACGGGAGCAAGAGGUCCAAACGUUGAUGAAGACGAGAUGGCGAACAGGGAGGCCUCUGCAGAGUUUCAAAAGCAAAAGCGACACUACGACGAGCUGAGACGUAAGAACGGCGGUACGUUAUCUUUCAGGCACGAUGUGGAGUGGAUGAAAAUCAAGGGUGCCGAAGAUGCGAGACGCAAGAAGCAGAAGCGGGAUCUUGCUUAUGCUCAGGAGGAAGGCGAGGGCGAGCCGGAUCUUUUCCCAGAAGUCAAUAUCCCCAUGAUCGACGAGAGGGAGGACGAGUCUGACGAUGAUCUCAACUUUGAUGAAUUCGGUUCUGGAUCACGCAAGCGUCAACGACGAGAAAUGCCGCGUAAAGAGGCAAAACAAGUCUCCAUGCAGGACGCAGAGCUUCAGAGUAUGCGUGUAGCUCUAGAAGCUGACGAUGAUAUACCCAAGAAGAAAAAGAAAGGACAGUCUGGCAAUGACACAUCCCAGGAAGCUACCAGUUCUUCCGGGAAGGGCAGAAUCGCGAAGGUCAAGUCGACCAGGCCGUCAAAAGCAAAGGCACCCAAAAAGGCAGCUCCGAAGGGUGUUCGAAAAUCUGCCAAAGACAAGCGCCAGGUCAAUCACGCUAUGAAGCAAGCAUCGUCUCUGCUUGGUGCGAACGUCUUUGAACAACAGGCAGGACCAGAUGCCAUGGAGCAGCCGACAUUCACGUCUACCAGAAGGAAAGCAGACGCCCUCAAGGAGCUGAUCGCUAGUGUACCACUUGGUGAUAAGAAAGCUGCCAGAGGCGACAUGGUUGGUCUUCUGGCAGCCACGAAAGAUUUCAAUGGGCGUGGUUCUGUGAAGCCGCACGGAAACAGUGGGUGGAUGGUCAAAGGAAUGAAGACGUCUUUGAAGCCUUAUCAGGUCAUGGGCACAGCUUUCAUGCGGCGGCGUGAGAAUGAUGAACAGGAGCCUAGAGGAGGCUUGAUGGCUGACCAGAUGGGGCUGGGAAAGACUCUCAUGAUGCUCGCGAACAUCGUCAACGGGCAACCGCCUAAGAGCGAACGAGGGCCAAGGACUACUCUUCUCGUCGCUAGCAACGCUCUUCUCAGCCAGUGGGCCGAGGAAAUCAUGCGACACACAAACUGCAACUUCAAAAUCAUGAGAUACAAUGCUGGCACACGAAUCGACUCGUCUGUGGCUAGCAAGGUUUUGGGGGCCCAUGAUAUCGUUCUCACUACCUACGGCGAGGUGAUGAAGUCGUACCCCAAGAAUACACCACCGAUUGAGUGUCAGAGCGCUGAACAGAAGAUCGCUUGGUGGAAGCAGGUCUAUGAGGAGCAGAGGGGAGUCUUGCAUAGUAUGAUGUUCUAUCGCAUCGUGCUUGACGAGGCCCAAGCGAUCAAGAACCACACAGCACGCACCUCGAUUGCAUGCCGAGCCUUGAUGGCGCAGCAUAAAUGGGCUCUCAGCGGCACUCCGAUCCUCAACAGCCUCACUGAACUCUACCCCUACUUCAAGUUCCUCGGUGUCCCACACACGGGCAGCUUCAAGAUCUUCAAGCACAACUACUGCGACACUAAGGAUGCAGAGAACGCCGAACGCCUGCUCGUCCGACUCUCGCAGUUCAUGAUCCGACGUACUCACGCUGAUUACAUGUUCAACGCUCCGAUUUUGAAGCUUCCUCAGGCUACGCAGACCACCUACUGGUGUGAGUUCAAUUCGGUUGAGCGAUGUAUUUACGACAUUGUUCGCCAGCGCUUCGCGAAGCGUCUCAACAUGUGGGCGAAAAAGGGAGAACUUGAGAGCUCGUAUAGUAAUGCCCUAGUAAUGCUUCUGCGACUUCGACAGCUGACUGCACACGUGCUGAUGCUGCAGUUUGUUAUGCAGGAUCUCCUCGAGCGGGAAGACAUUGAGCGAAUCCGGGAAGUUGUCAAUAAUCAAGCGGCUGAUAGUAAUUCUCGACGUGGCCGUACGAUCCUUGCAAUCCGCAAGCAACUCGAUCAACUUUCAGCAUCCGAGAGGAAGAAGGGUGCUAAGUUGGCUGCUGACAAGGCUGCUCAGAAGGCUGCUGAGGCCAAGGGGCGAGCUACGCAGAACAACACCGGCAAUGCAGACACCCAGUCGGAUGAGGAAGAAAUACAGGAAGACCCUGAACCAGAAGGCGAGGCUGAGAUUGACGGGCUAUCGCAGCAGAAGGGUGGCCGCGGCAAAUCUGGCGAGGAGUUUGGCAAAACCUUCAACUUCAAGCCAUUCCUGAGCAGCUUGAAGACGGGCGAGAGCUGGGAGAAGGUCAAGAAGAAGGCCAAGUGCUACUACUGCGGCAAACAACCCGAGCUCCCGUUUGUGACGUCCUGUGGCCAUCUGAUCUGCGGUGGCCUGUGCUUAGAGCAGUCUAUGUUAGAGGCAGCCGAAGACGGGAGGGAACACGCUCCUUGCAAAGCUUGUGGUGUGACUCCUCAGUACGUUCAUCCGUGCGAGCCCGACGAGGAUGACGUCCCGGAGCCUCCCUCGCGUGGAACACGAACUGCGGCAGCGAAGAAGAAGGAACAACAGCGCGUGCGACGCGACCGGGAAGACAUUGCAGAGGACUGGCUGGGAAAACUUGGCGAGGAUGUCUUGCCGUCCGCGAAGACGAUUGCUGUGAAAGCUCAGAUCCUGAACUGGAUCAAGGAAAAUCCCGGCGUCAAGAUUAUCAUUUACACACAAUUCCUGGCCAUGAUUCGGAUCUUGGCCAAGGUCUGCGAGAAAGAGGGCUGGAAGAUUGAGCAGUAUCACGGCAAGAUGAGCUUCGGCGCACGGGACAAGGCGAUCGCUGCCUUCGCUAAGGAUGCUGAUGUUCGCAUCAUGCUGGCCUCGCUGCGCUGCGGAGGCUUGGGCCUCAACUUGACCAUGGCCUCAAAGGUCAUCAUGAUCGAUCCGUGGUGGAAUUCUGCCUCAGAACAACAGGCUUUCUGUCGAGUCUUCCGCAUUGGUCAACAAGACGAGACCUUUAUGAGCCGACUGUGCGUCAAGGAUACAGUCGAUCAGCGCCUUAUCGAGAUGCAGGAGCGCAAGCAGAAAGAGAUUGACAACGUCAUGGAGGACGGUGGCAAGCGGACUGACAAGAUGGACAUUCGCGAUCUCAUGCGCCUGUUUGGCAACUUGGACAACGAUUCGGAAGGAAAGCCUUUUAUCAUGGUCGACAACCCGGAUCCUCGCGGUGGCUUCAGGGCUGACCGUGAUGACGAGGGUUAUGCCGACGAUUUCUAGGAUAAGGUCGAGGUUGGGCGGUUGGGCGUCUGGGAGUUGGAUUCGUGCUCAGCGAUGUUCCUGGAGCAGCGGGCUUGGCGAGGGAUGGUUCUUCGACAGGGCUGACUGCUCUGAGUGGUUUUAUUGGGCGUUGCUUACUGCUUACUUAUUCCUUCGACAGGGUGCUGGUCUAUGCUGCGUCCAGACUCUUCUACCUUUGCUUCUAGGCAUUGCUGCGACAUGUAUCGAAAAACUCAUGUU